AUGAAGCCCUCGUCGUCGGGAGCCGUGGAGCUGGAGUCCUUUAGUGUCGAUCAGAUUAGGAACUUUAGUAUCAUUGCCCACGUUGAUCAUGGCAAGAGCACAUUAGCUGACAGGCUAUUAGAGCUGGCUCACACUAUCAAUAAAAGAAAAGAUAAUAAGCAGGUGCUUGAUAAGCUGAAGGUUGAACGUGAACGAGGUAUCACUGUCAAGGCACAGAGCGCCUCAAUGUUUUACGAAUACAAAGGCAAGAAGUAUCUCUUGAAUCUUAUUGAUACACCCGGUCAUAUGGACUUCAACUUUGAGGUGUCACGCUCCCUUGCUGCAUGUCAAGGCACACUCCUUCUCGUGGAUGCGGCGCAAGGUAUUCAAGCCCAAACUGUGGCCAAUUUUUACCUCGCAUAUGGUCAAGACAUCACGAUUAUCCCUGUAAUCAACAAAAUUGAUCUUCCAGCAGCAGAGCCGGAUCGUGUGGCCGCACAGAUUGAAGUGGCUUUCGAAAUGCCUGCCAGCGAUUGCCUUCAAAUAUCUGCAAAGUCGAAUAUGAAUGUAGAUCAAAUUUUGCCUACGAUUAUUGAAAACGUUCCACCACCAUCAGGAGAUAUCAACAAGCCUUUCAAAGCGCUUCUUUUCGACUCUUGGCACGAUACAUACGUCGGUGUCAUCUGUUUGAUGGCAGUAAUUGAUGGAACUGUUAAAAAGGGCGAUAAGAUAGUGUCGGCACAUUCGGAGAGACGAUACGAAGUCUCAGAAACCGGUAUCAUGUACCCAGAACAGACACCAACAAGCUCUCUACAAGCUGGCCAGGUUGGCUACUUUGUGCUAAACAUGAAGACAUUGAGCGAAUCUCAUGUAGGGGACACGUUCUUUGAUCAUAAGCACAUUGGCUUACCAAUGCCUGGCUUUAUCCCAGCCAAGCCAAUGGUUUGGGCAGGCAUUUUUCCAAUAGAUACGGCUGAUUUUGAGAAACUUGAUCAUAGCAUUGCUAAACUGACGCUCAAUGACUCGUCUGUCGCGGUCCAAAAAGAAACAAGUACAGCUCUGGGCCAAGGUUGGAGACUAGGAUUCCUUGGAACCCUCCACAUGGAUGUGUUUCGACAGCGCUUAGAACAGGAGUAUGAUGCCAACAUCAUCAUCACUGCUCCCACAGUACCAUACAAGAUUGAGUAUCGAGAUGGCACAAGCAAGCUCAUUCGUAAUCCGACAGAGUUUCCCGAUAUGGAUGAAAUCAACGCCAGAGUGAAGACUGUGCAAGAACCUAUGGUUAGGUCCACUAUUAUUUUCCCACAAGAGUAUCUAGGAGACAUCAUGGUCCUAUGUGGGUCCAGAAGAGGAGUCCAAUUGGAACACACUUAUUUGGAUGAAAGUAGAGUUCUUUUAAAGUACAGGUUACCAUUAGCUGAAGUUGUUACAGAUUUUCACGACGAGCUCAAGGGCCGAUCUAGUGGCUUCGCAUCAUUCGACUAUGAAGAAGAUGGAUACGAUGACGCCGACCUUGUCAAGAUGAACAUUGUGCUCAACUCCAAACCUGUUGAUGCGUUGUCGAUCAUACUUCACCGCUCGCAAGCGGAAGUCGUUGGACGCGAUUGGGUCAAACGACUGAAAGGGUUAUUGUCACGGCAGCUUUUUGAGAUUGUUAUCCAAGCCUCCGUUGGAAAUAAGAUCAUUGCUCGAGAGGGCCUAAGUGCACUACGCAAGAACGUUACCGCCAAAUGUUAUGGAGGGGACGUCUCUCGCAAGAUGAAGCUCUUGAACAAACAGAAAGAGGGCAAGAAACGCAUGAAAGCCAUUGGGGGUGUUGAAGUCAGUCAGGAAGCAUUCUACGACUUUAUGUCCAAAAAGAAAUAG